AUGCCUGUAAAACUCAAAGGGGAAGUCGACUAUGCAAGAAGUGGCACUAUUAACCCCCUAAAUUCCAGCCCGUUCACACCAAAGCCCGUAGUUGGCUGUGAUAUGUGGCAUUUAAGAGUCCAAUCAAACAACAGUGAUGGGAAUAUAUUCGCGCAGAAGUCCGCCUGCGUCCUCCGACUAAGUUCAAAUCCACGAGGGAUACGGCUGAGCCUAAAACACAAAGACAACACAGCGACCCAGAGAGGCUCAGACAUAAGCUACUGUCCUUGGGUCGUGGGCCAGGUCAAAUACAAGAUGGAACAAAGAAAGAGAAAAGCUCCAUCUCCCUUCUCUGCUGGUUCUGAUGCAGGAAGUUGUGAAAUGACAGGUGACUCACCACAGGAGGAAAAGGAAGAAGGUUGUGCUUCAGAGAAUUCUUGUAAAGAGACUGAUGCCCCCCUUUAUUGUAUUGCUGCUGCAGCAUGUACAAAGUCAUGGACCACAGAGCCACAAAGCGAGCCCUUAGAUCUUUCUCUUGCUGGCCCUCGAUGUGCUGAAAACACCAGUGAGGUUCGUAAGAGAGCUACAGGUGUUGUGCCGAUGCAGCCAGAUAGUGAGCCUGAAGAAGAACCCUGUGGAGGAAUCAGGUCACAUGAAAUUACAGCUUUGCUUGCCGGGGACUCUUCUCAUUUCCCGCCCCCACUAAGUCUAAUGAGCUCUACCGAGAACAACUUUACAGGAGCUGAAAGUUUAUCUGGGGGUAGCUGUGCGAUGUUAGAAUUGCCUGGGAAGUUAUUACGUGAUAUCCCUGUUGUUACACUCCCAGAAACAGGACUGAUAAAAAACUCCUCUGCAGCAGAUUCUAUGCCGGGAGUCAGUCAGGAUAAUACCAGGGAAAUAAUACCACAUGCAACCGCUGGUCCUUCCAGCCUUCAGCUCUCUAACAACGAUGAUGAAGAUUCAGACACAGACAGAGUUGUAUUUUAUAGUAGAAAACAACAAUGUGAUGAGUCGUCUGGUAGCACAGAUUCUUUCACAUUUAUACAUACACCUAUAGCAAUUUACAGCGAAUUGGAAAAUGAGUAUGGAGAUGCUCAUUUUCUUCGUCUUGCAUCCCAAGCAUCAGAACAGAUUUUGCAGCUUCCAAACAAUAAAGACACAGAUGAUAGUGGCCCCAGAUUUAGUAACUCCAGUUUUACUGUACGUCCACAAAACAGACCUUCAGUCAUCAAGAAAAACAAGUUGGGAGAUGACAGUGUUGUUCUGGAGGAAAUGGCAUCCUCCUCAGCUUCUGCCUCUCGCUUCCGGAGUCUUCAUGAUGAUGACAGCAGGCGUGAAUCUAGGAAAGUUACUAUACCCCUGCUUCCUCCUCUUCCUCUUCCUCCCCCUAACACACAGGACACAAGCUCAAAGGUCAUCUGA